CCAUGCCAUUGCAACUUCCUUUUUUCAGAUGUUAUAGCCCUAUUAUAGGAUAAGAUGGUAAAACCGAAAAUCCACAGGCCCAAAUGCGAAAUGCAAUGGUGGCCAUAGAAAACAGAACCCUUUUCUUCUUUAACAACCUUUCUUCUUCUUCUUCUUCUUCUUCUUCUUCCUCCAAUCUCUAUCCUCCAAAGAAAAAUGGCCAAAAAUACUUCGCCACAUUGGCUAAAAAGAGGGAUGAUUUGUCUGAGGAUUCAAAAACUCAAAAGAAACAACCUUUUUUUCCACUAAGAGUUUCAAAUUCAAUUCUUUCUCAGUCUGCCGUUGCAGUAUUUGGAUUGGGCUUCAUAGAUGCUGGUGGAGAUUGGUCAAGAAUUGGUGUGAUCUCUAAGGAGAGUGAAGACUUGCUAAAGAUUGCAGCUUUUGUAGUUAUUCCUUUGUGUAUUUUUCUUGUAUUCUCUAUUUCAAGAAAAGAACAAGCUUAAACAUAUUAUGAAAUUCAAGAGUAAAUACAAUCUGGUAUUUUUUUUUAUUUA